UAUUCAAAUAGAAUACAAACGUAAUACAAACGUGAGGGGUAUUUUGUGUACAUUUCGUAAUUGAGAGGUGUGUUUGUGACACACCCAUAAUUUAGAGGGGCAAAGUGAAGGUGGCCCUUUUUAAAAUGUUUUUUUAAUAGUAGUUGGGAUGAGAGGAGGCACGUGGAAGCCCAAAAUCAGCCCAAGGUUUUGACUCUCUCUCUCUAUCCGCCGUUGGAUUAUUAAAUACGAAUUGAACAACAUACAUACAUACAUACAUACAUACGUUGCAAACGCUGUUGCAUCCUGUUUUCCUUUCUAUUAGUUUCUGCCCCCCCCUUUUUUCGUUUUAUAAUUAUAUAUUUUACGCAUUUAGAAGUGACUAGAAGCACUGCCCUGCCCCCUUUUUGUUAUAUAAUAUAUGAAAAAGAUUCAAAUUGUGGCACGCAGUUGAAUUCCCAAACAUUGAAGCAAGAAAAACAACUAGUAAUUAAUUAGAGAAGCAUGAUACUGGUGGCUAUAGUGGCGGAGCUUCUGGAGGAGUACACGGUGGUGGUGGCGCGUGUGCUGGAACACAUGUUGCAAGACGCGCCUUUGCCCUUUCCACGGCGGGUUCGAUUCCUCAUACUGCGCAAUCUCCCUUUCGCUUCUCCCCCUUCCGCUCCACAUGCACACCACCGCCUUCUAAAUCCCGCAACGCCUCCUCUCGUUCGUGUAGCAACUUCCAAUGCCUAAUCUCUCUCUCUCUCUCUCUCUCUCUCUCUCUCUCUCUCUCUCUCUCUCUCUCUCUCUCUCU